GCAUUUCCUUAACAAAAUCCGAUGUGUUAAAACCAAAAGUGCAGAUGGUUUGUAAUAAUUUAAACACAUGCCCUAGAUUUUGGAUAUUCUGGAGACAAACCUCUCUUGGUUCAUUGUCCUAGGAAAACUCCAACUCUCCUACCUUUUGCAUCAAAAUUAACAAAGGAGCUACGAUCAAAAAAUUUGGUUUAGCAAUUAUACAGGAACACCAAAUAAAGAAUGGGCGAUCACAACCAGCAACAACAACAUCCUCCUGGUCCUCCUCCACCACCACCUGCUCCUCCUUCUGCUCAACAGCCUUCUAAUCAGGGUGUUCCUCCUGCUGCUGCUCAACAGCCUUCUGAUCAGGGUGUCCUCCCUCCUCAACAACAACAACCUUCUGCUAGUGCUCCUCCUCCCCAAGGAUAUCACGCAAACGUCGGCCCUUAUCCACCACCGGGAUAUCCACCGCCAGGAUAUUCUUCAUCACCCCCACCGCCUCAGGGCUACCCACAAGAAGGACAUGCCACCAGAGAAGCUUAUCCACCAGCAGGAUAUCCCCCACAAGGAAAUUUUUCACCUCCCGGAUAUCCUCCUCCGGGUUAUCCUCCUCAAGGCUACUCUCCCCAGGGAUAUCCUCCUCAAGGAUAUCCGCCACCAGGAUAUCCUCCUCAAGGUUAUCCACCCCAAGGAUAUCCUCCUCCCUAUCCGGGACAGUACUAUGCCGGCCAGCCCGCCCGCCCUCCUCCUCAAGCAAGCAGUGCUAUGGGACCUAUGGGUUGUUGCCAGGCCUGUUUGGCUGCUCUUUGCUGUUGCUGUAUGCUGGAUUGUUUACUGGAUAUGUGAGACAGGCAAGAUUAUUUGGAUGGUGUACAAAAUGAUAGUAGGGUUAUUUUGCAUCCCAUGGCAAAGGAGUCUGAUACUGCCAAAAGCGAGUGCUAUAUAUUUCUUAUUUUCUUUUAGUUUGUUUGGUCGAUACUGAGGAUAAGUUGGAUCAUAAAGAGCUGGAAGGAGAAAAUAUAUAUUGUUGAGCAAAACGAAUCUGUUCCAUCUGAUGGUAUGGAUCAAAAACCGCACUUAAGUUUAUACAUGUUAAGAUAUGUACAUAAGGAUAGGUGCCUCUAGCAAAAUAAAAAAACAUAUAUAGGUGAUCGAGUUGUUGCUUGCAAAUUGAAUAAAAGUAUUCAUCAUACAUUAUUA